UUUAUCUCAAUUGUCUUCCUUGACAGCCGCAUGUAACAGCUUCUCGUAUACAGUCUCCCCAUCUCAUCUCAUCCUAGCUAGCUAGCUAAUAAACAGUCAUAGCAUGUCCUCUCCUACCCAUGCUGGCGAAAAGCAACCCUUGCUUCCACGACGGGGUCUUGGUCAAACUCGGGAAACUGCGACGGAUCACAGCAAUCGCAUUCUGUUUCCAAAACAAGCCCGAGCUCGAAAAGCGGUGGCCGAGUUUCGGAAAAAGACACGUCCGCCAACUCCGUGGGAAGGCCGUGUGGGAAUGCACUUGCCCGUGGAUGAAAUUGAUAUCGAACAAGUGGCGCAGUCCGUGACAGGCUGGAAGGCACUGUCGGAGUUUGAAGUCGUGCGGUUGUUUCCCGAUACUACAACUACGAGUAGUAGUACUACGCAACAACCACAACAACACGGAGAGGGAGAAGAACUGCCCGAGAUUUUCGUCUUUUCGUUUGGCGCUUGCAUCUUUUGGAACUUUCCCAAUGAAGCUGCGGAAAAAGAAUGGAUCUCGCAAACACUCUUGCAAGAACUCAACGAGUGUUGCGGAGAUUCUUACAAAGACGACGAAAUUCAAGAAGCCAUGGAUUCCGUGUCUUUUCAAUACUAUGCACCUCCUGCUGCUGCUGCUGCUGCUGAAAACAACAACAACAACACUAGUCAACCACCAAUAUUCACCAUUAAACGAGACGUCUGCACGUUGUCCACCAAAGAAUCGGGUGAAAAACUGGCCGUUUCCUUUGCACUCGCGAAAAGCUCCCUGUUGAGUCUCUACGAACUCCGCGUACAACAAGUCAUUGAACGCAAUUCACAUUUGCCAGAAGAAAUGGUCCAAAAGGGCCGGGUCCACAUGUCCACACACGAUUUGACGCGCGAAAUUGGACGAUUGUUUCUGGUCAAACACGGCAUCAAUCUCGAUCAAAGUUUGAUUGAUACCCCGGAAGAAUUCUGGGAAGACGAUCGCUUUGAAUCGACCUAUGACACCACUCUCAAAUACUUUAAAAUCACCAAGCGAUUGGAUCUCGUCAAUGAACGACUUGAUAUGGUCGGGGAAUUACACAACAAAAUCUUGGAAGAGAAUCAUACGCAUCAUGCGGUUGUUUUGGAAUGGAUCAUUAUCAUAUUGAUUGUCAUGGAGGUACUCAUUGAGGCACUGGUGUUAGUCUAUGAAAAGUCUUGAUUGAAUUAUUUGAAAUAGCUUUUGUUAAAAGUCUAGCUAGCUGGAAAUUUUAUGUUGU